AUGGAGGAAGAAAUAAAUAAGAAAGUUGAAGAAAAUAUCAAAUCAUUGCUUGCAUCAGGUCAAUUGUUUCCUAAAACUGUUCUCAAUAUGCUUGCGGAUUUUCAUUCAAAUCCUCAAACAAAAAAAGCGAUACAUCAUC